GAACAGGAGUAAUAUAGUAAGGAUGGUUAGAAGUUAGAAAGAGUGAGAGCUGUUGUUUGAAGACAACUGAUUACAUUUUGAAAGAGCCUUUUUUCUGAAUAUCAGACUAACAUUAGUUUAGACUUGAAUGACGACGACGGCCCCUUAGGAUCCAAGUAGAAUCGCUAGGCACUUGUAGAAAGUUCACAAUAAAGGCACUGCGACAGCUUGUAACCCGAUUUUGAUUCCCUUUUUAUUUGAACUACAUAACACGUUUUAAAUGCAACGCUGUUUGAUAUAUGAGAAAACUAUGGCAGCCGAGACAAAGAACGGCGGGAGUUCACUGAACAACAAUAACUGCAAAGACCACAGCAGAAGAAAGUUACUGGUCGGAGUGGAUCUCUUCUGCUUAUUUUUAGUGUUGCUUGUUGCCGUGUUUUUGCACAAAUCUCCAUUCCCGCCUUACCAGAGAGGAUUCUUCUGCAAUGACAACAGCAUCAGGCUGAACUAUAAAGGCAGCACGGUGUCCACCGCUGUGCUCUCAGCUGUGGGUGUCACUGUGCCUGUGGUCUCAAUCAUCAUUGGGGAGAGCUACAGAAUCUACUUUCUAAACGAGGGAUCCAAGUCUUUUGUAGGGAACCCCUACAUAUCUGCUCUCUACAAGCAGGUGGGCGUGUUCAUCUUUGGCUGCGCCAUCAGCCAAUCCUUCACUGACAUUGCCAAAGUGUCAGUGGGCCGAAUGCGCCCUCAUUUCCUCGAUGUAUGCAAACCUGACUUCUCCACUAUCAACUGUUCCCUGGGCUACAUCACUGACUACCAGUGUCAGGGGCCAGAGAGCAAAGUUCAGGAGGCCAGGAAGUCUUUUUUCUCUGGACAUGCAUCGUUCUCCAUGUACACCAUGCUGUACCUGGUGUUUUACCUGCAGUCUCGCUUCACUUGGCAUGGAGCUCGCCUGCUGCGCCCUCUGACCCAGUUCACCCUCAUCAUGAUGUCUUUCUACACCGGCCUGUCCCGUGUCUCUGAUCACAAGCACCACCCAACUGAUGUCCUGGCAGGUUUUGUGCAGGGAGCCCUGGUGGCCUACGUUAUAGUAUUCUUUGUGUCUGAUUUGUUCAAGCCCAAAGGUAGACGUUCUACCCUUUUGCCAACCCCAGUGAAGAAAGAUCUAGUUCCUCCAGCAGACAACAGAGAGCGGAGUAACCAUCUCAUAAUGGCAUAAAAAGGCAACUUCAAACUGACUGUACAUAACCCCGACUGGUGACUUUUUUCAGUCACUGCUGCAACCACUGGUCAGUACUGGAUACAAAUAAACUCCCAACAAUCUGGAUAAUGGAGACAAACUAUGGAAUCUUGAGUCUCAUAGGAUGAGAGAAAGAAGCUUUGGAAAACUGUCAACCAAGUUUUGCUUUCUCAAUGGAAAUGUCCAUCUUUUUCCUCUUUCACCAGACAUUUUAAUGUGGAAAAGAGAGAGGCAUGGGGAUAUUUCUUCCUCUUCUGUUAUGAGGAUUAUUUGAGAUUCUCCUCUGUCAAGGUCUCUCCAUGGACACGCAUCUGAAAUGAAACAAAAUUGAGAAAUGGCAGCUGUAAUCAAAGCUGUGUGGCUUUUGUGCCUUCUCGCCUCAGCUGCAUUCAGCAUGGGAGCUACCAUUAUAUUCCUGCCACUCACUCACUGUGUGACUAAUACAAACAAAUCAUGACAAAAAAACAAAUUCCUUGAUUUCAUGAAGGAUGUUUUUUGUUUUGUUUUAUCACAAACAUAAGCAUUUUAUGUGUGAUUUAUAGCAGUAUUUUAGCGUAACUCACUCCUGUUUGUAUCCACUUGAAUUACCUAAGGUGAAGCUUUUGGAAAGCUUUGUAAGACUUUGUAAGCUUUGUUAUGUCCGUAACACCAUGUUCCUUAAGGUGCACAUAAAUUAGACUAGGUGGGGAGUACAGUGAGAACGUAUUUGUUGGAUGUGGGCCUCUUUCUGCUGGCUAGGACGAGCCCCCUCUGAGCCAUUUAAUGAAAUGACGUGUGUGUGUGUGUGUGUGUGUGGGUGUGGGUGUGGGUGUGUGUGUCUGUGUGUGUCUGUGUGUGUGUGUGUUUGGCCAUUCUGUGAGCAUACCAAUGUGUCUUAAUGUCAUGUCUAUAUAUUUCAGUGUGCCUACAAGUGUGCCUCUCUUCAGCCAGAGAACAGGCACCUGCUCCAACAGACACAUGUAACUCAAGACAGGAACACUGUGGGAAACAAAUCAUCUACGUUACUACAUCUACAUUACUGUCAUUAAUCAUGGUAAGGAUUCACAUCACCGAGAAAUCCUGUGAUAUACUGUAUCCUACACAGGCAUACAGUAUAUUUACACGCUCAAAAUAAAGACAGGAGCGUCUAGAACAUUGGUUACUUAAAGUAGCUUUUCAGUGUUAAAGCACAAUUAAGCAAAACAGUUUAAAAAAAAUAUUUGUUGGCACAUUGUAACCGCUUAUUAUUUCAUAAAGUCUUGUAAUACAAUAGGGCUGGCAAUGUGAAUCUGCAUUAUUAAAGACGAAAAUUAUUACAUUGAAUUUUAGAAGUAAUAAUGAUGCUAAUAUUUUUGCUCGACAUUGAUGUAAUGAACUUUUUAGCAACACUUAAAACCACUGAUUGAAAGCGUCUUCCUCAGCUUUAAGUUACUGAGACAAACUUUGAUCUGAUGUUUAUAAGAAACUAUAGUUUUUUCUUAAUACAUGUCUUGAAAAUCUAUAUACAGCAUCAGAAGAUACUGAAUGCUACCAUACAUUGUACAAUACUGUAUCAUUUGUAUAUAUAUACAUUAUAUCUUUUGAAGAAACGCCCACUAUGACUUGUGUGUCAAUACCUGUGUAAAUGUAAAACAUGCUGCUUUAAAAAGGCAAAGCUUGGCAGAUUGCAUCCAGUAACGUUGACAGCUUGUAAAAAAUGAAGUUUUCUGAAAAUCAAAGCUCUCAAGGCAGAUAGCUUCAGUCCAUGUUUGUUUAAAAAAUGCCUUUCAAUAUUUUUGUAAUGUGAAGUUUUUGUACAAUAAAACUGUAAGACGUGUCAAAGAUAAAUUGUCUUUAAUAAAACAAAAGAUGAACAGCA